UCUCUCUCAAAUCUUUACCGUUUCGCCUCCAGUUUUUCCUUCCCACGUUCAUCAAUUGAAGCGCUUGACUGGAUCCAAGUUAGAUUGAUUAAGAUUAUAUACUUGUAGCAUGAAGAACGAUAAGGGAGAGGAAUCGUCUGAUAAUUCGGGUAGUUUAGCUUUUCGCGAACGUGCAGCUUACAAUUUUCAUGCAACUGUCACCUCACGAUACAUAGCAGUAAAGAGAUAGUGACCCGCAGAUUCUUUUCCUCAUCUACACCACACACAACAUGCUCGCUGAAAGAAACAAGUCACUCCCAAUCUGGGUUCUCACUCCGAAGGAAGAAAAGGUUGUCCGUGAAAACUGGAAGAAGAACUCGUGGAAGAAGUGUGACGAGUUGGCCAGAAUCUUCAACUUGUGUGCCAAGGCCAACACCUUCAACGUUACCACCGCUUGCACCGUACCAAAGGAGAUGUUGUACGAAUGUGUGUACAAGUACAACACCCCAGAGUACAUGGACAUCGAAAGAGAUCUUUUCAUCCGAGAGAAGCUUCGCAAAAUGGAGGAAGAAGUUAACUCCCGCAAGGCUGCCGUCCAAACCCCUCCAUAAACCUGAGGUGGAGCUGUGACAGCCAACCCCAGACGUUUAGCGUCUGAUGGUUAUUCAUCAAACUUGUAUAUAUAGCCUUUGAAUAAAGGACUAGUCUAAAGGUUCGUAAGAUUAUUGGUUGGCGAUCUUUAGACCAACCAGAGAUGGGCUAUACAAAAGUACAGUAGGCGCGUAUAAAACUCCCUAGGAUAAGUAGAACUUAGCUAGGUGUAAAAAGGCUGCUUUUUGCGAGUAAGAUAUACACAAUGAAAGGGGUUGAGGUCUUUAUACUGAGGGUCGAGAACGGUAUCGUCACUGUAUGCCGUGGGGUCGUUUUGAAGGAGAUAGGAUUCCGAAAUGUCACGAUCGGAGAAUAUCAACCGACGACAUGUAUUAAAUAGCGCUUUAAUACAAGGAGGUCUGGUUUAGACUAGAUAUUAAUAUAGUCGGAUGGAGUUAGAAAGAUGCAACGGAUGGGCUGUAGAUAAC